AUGUUAGCUUCAAGUCGUGAAGAAUCUCUAAACCAGAAAUCAGAAAUUGUGAAUAACAAGAUGUCUAUUGUUGGCUCAUUAACCAAUAAGCAUGAUAAAGUGAUCUAUAAAGCAUUUGCAGUAGCCAUUAUUUGCCAAGAUGAUAUCGACACAGCUCUGGAACAAAUCUCCAAGGAAGAUAAUAAAUUUUUUGAGGCUAAGAAUGUUAUCAUGGCUUAUCGGAUAAAUUCCCCUGAAGAAGUUCUCAUCAGGUCUAAAAAUGGGCAUGAUAUUGUGGAAGGUUUUGACAACGGUGAUCUUGAAGGCUGUGGAGAAAAAUUAUUGCAUCUCCUUCAAAGGAUCGCAGUAGAGAACAUCCUUAUAAUCGUUGCAAUUAGUUACUAUGGAAUCAAAGGAUCUCUCAGGAUUGGAUCAUAUUCCCAUUGAAUCAAUAUAGCAAGGGAUUUGUUGACUUCUUUACAUAAUAAAGCUGUUGAUUAUGAAGAAACACCUGAAGGAGAAGGUGAAGAAAAUCAAGAAUAUUCAGAUACUCAAAGUGUUCUUAAAGAUACAAGAAAUAGAAUCCGAUUAUCUACAAACCCUGGUCAAAAUAGAGUUACCCACUUUAAAAAUCCUUCUCAAAGAAUUAGUUUUAUCAGCAACCAAAGAAAGCAUGCAAAAAGUAGUCAGAAUAGGAUAACCAUCAAUGCUAAUUACCCUAUAAGGAACAUGUAUUCUCCUCAAUCAAUCAGUGAAAAUGAUGAUUCUACAGUAAAUUUUCAAAAUAGAUCUAUAAUGUCUCCUCACUUCGGAGAGAGGCAAGAAAUAGACUCUAGCAAUGUUAUGCCUAGAGUUUUUAAUUUCCCAGGAGUUAUGGGUCAGAAUGCCUACAACUCCAAUCGACCAAAUACCUAUUACUCUGAUCUUGCUGCAGCAAAUAGCAAGUUUUCAAAUACUUCCAGAAGGAGAAAAAACCAUAGGGGCAAAAACCAGCUGAACAAGACAGGAAUACAACUUGAAGCCAGUGGCAAAAAGAUAAAAUACAGUUUCAACGAGGAUCUCAAUUUUAACAAAACGUUUGCAUUUGCUAGCGACCCAAGGAAAAGGGUCAGCUUUGGACAAGGCCUCAGAGCUGGACAAAUUAAUUACUCAGCUAUAAAUAGUCAUCGCAAACAAGGUUCAUAUACAACGAAUAGAGAACGGCUAAAUAAGACAGCUAAUAAAAUUAGUCCUCAUUUGCCAAGGAUCUCAGAUCACUCUCCAUUAACACCGAUGCAAACCUCUACAAAUGAGGUAAUCACUGAAGAAGGAAAGUUGACUACGGAGAAAUAAGCUAAUAACAAAAUUGAAAAAGAAUUACCAGCAUCAGCAAGAAAAUUUAAAGGCUAAAGAAAUCGAAGCUCAACGAAUGGCGAAGAUGAAAGGAAAAUCUGAUCUUGAAGGUCUUGAGCCAAUAAAUUACCAGUCAAAAGUACAGACAACAAAGAAACCGGUCUUUUCAAUGAUCCCAAGAAAAAUGCCUUCUCCAAAACCAGGGAACUUUCUGCAACCUAAACGGUUGGUUUUGACAGAUUAUAAAGUACUGGUGCCAUCAGCAAAAGCAGCACCGACAGUGUCAGUGUUUAACAUGCAUGAGAACCUUCCUGAGAGUGACUCCCGAGAACAUCUUGAUGAAGUGGAGAUCCCUGAUAUCGACCUGACUAACUACGACAAUGCUUCACUUGGAUUUAUCCUGAAUGGUGAAGUAGAGAGACCUAAAUUCAGAAUCCACGAUGUGAGAAGAAUGAUGGAUGAAGUCCCAACAGACAUCAAUAGACUUGAAAAUUAUAUCGAUAGAGUAGAGCUUGAUGAGAAGCCAACCAAUGUUCUUGUAAAACUUGCAGAACAAUGCAAGAGGAGAAGAAGAAAAUUGUAUAAAGAUCUCCGAAAUCCUGAUAGUAGCUCAAGCAGUAGUGAAGAGAGCGAAGAAAAUGAGAUGAUAUCCAACUUUAAAGCAUACAGGAUCCAUAAUAGGUUCUAG